CAAGCAUCGAUCCUCAUAUGCCGCGUUCUAAGGUGAGGCCAACUAGACACAGUGGAAGGACACUCGAGAAACAUAGCGUUGGAUAUUGCUUCGAUAAUCAUUCCGAUUCUUCAUGCGUUGUAGAGGCUCAUCGAGCUGUCAUGCAACAGAUUAACAAGCUUAUACAACCUGUAUCAAACCUCGACAAACUGUUCGCUAGACUUGGCGCCGCAGAAGUACCCCCCUCUUCUUUCAAACAGCCACUCAGAAGUCAAAAUAUGCCUGUCGAUCGAUGGGUGUGGCGGAAUCCACUUUAGACGACCGAGAUGAAGAGAGGGUGAAAGGACGGCGUUCGACUGGUCCACACCUUGUUUCCAACCACCAGUUGGCCACUGAUAUUUCGGGAUUGAUACCAGGAACCAUACGUUCUUCCCAAAACGAUCUAAUCUCGGAGCAUCUUUGCUUCUCGGACAGAGAUUCUCUUGAGAGCUCGAGGAAAGCCUCACCACGCUCUUGUUUUGAAGGCUGAACUCGGCGGUCCGAGACCACAGUACGAAAAUGCAUUGGCGACAUCUACCGUGCUCCUAGUCAUGGACCACUGUCCGUGACCCAGAUUCAGUGGUGAUCCAACAGCCAUCUUUCAAGGAUGAUGAGGGUCUCGGAUCCACGGGCCACAGAAACGUCCAUGGGUGGUCGACCGACUUUGAAAGACUGGGGCAGCGACAUGGCUUCCCCCAGCUUUGAUGGACCGUCUGCUAGGGCCGCACACUUCAUCCCAUGUUUGUUGCCUUUACUGGAAGCCCCUUGGACCCAGAAUGGUUGACCUCCUGGAUGAUCUGGUACGUAAUCUCCGUAUAGGAGUUGAUGCUCUUUGUGUGGAUGGACAUCGGUAUUAAUAUGCGACCAUCCUGCGGCCUCAAACUCGACUUUUCUUCUCUUUCUUCUUCAGCCCAACAAGCCAUUUCUAAGCUGCCAGUUUCAGAAACUUUUGACCUCGGUCGUCCAUUCUUUCACCACUUUCGAUAUAUCAACAUAUUUUUGAGCUUAUAGCUUCAGCCUUUCAUUACCAACUUUCAACCAAUUCUUCAAGAUGCGUUACUCUACUGCCGCCGCUGCUCUCUUGGCCUCUGGUGCCAUGGCCACCGAGGUCUCCAAGGUCUACGAGACCAAGCGAGUUACCAUCACCUCUUGCGGUCCUGAGGUCACCAACUGCCCUGCUCGAUCUACUGUCACCAGCAACACCGUUUACCCUGUCCCUCCCCAGGUCACCUCUGCCGAGCAGGGCAGCGAGACCACCGAGGAGGUCCCUGAGGUUCCCGAGACUACCGAGGCUCCUGAGCUUCCCUUGACCACCUCUACCAUCUACUCUACCAACAUCAGGACUAUCACCUCUUGCGGUCCCGAGGUUCCUGACUGCCCCGCCCGAUCUGGUACUCCCGUCGUUGUCACCGAGACCAUUGCUGUCUCCACCACCAUCUGCCCUGUUGAGCCUACCGGUGGUAGCGAGAAGCCUGGAAAGCCCGAGAAGCCCGAGCAACCUGGAAAGCCCGAGCAGCCCGGCAAGCCUGAGAAGCCUAGCCAGCCCGGUUACGAGCAGCCUCCCGCUCCUCCUGCUGAGACCAAGCCCGUUGAGACUCAGCCCGGCUACGAGCAGCCUCCUGCCCCUCCCGCUGAGACCAAGCCCGGCUAUGAGCAGCCUCCCGCUCCUCCUGCCGAGACCAAGCCUGCUCAGCCUGAGCACCCCGGCAAGCCUGGCAAGCCCGUUGUCCCCGGACAGCCCCAGAACCCCGGUAACGGCACCGUCCCUCACCCUCCCGUCUACCCCAACCCUCCCGCUACUCAGAGUGGUGAGAAGCCCGUUGUUCCUCCCACUCCUGUCCCCGUCCCCAGCAACCCCGGCAACCCUGAGCAGUGCGUUCCCUCUCAGUCUGUGACUGCUAUCACCAAGGAGUACACCACUGUCCUCACCAGCGUUGAGUACUCUACCAUCCAGGUUCCUUGCCCUACUGGCACCACUCCCGGCAACCCUGGUAACCCCGGCCAGCCUGGCCAGCCUGAGGCUCCUACCGGACCUGCUGUCCCCCCUCCUGCCAGCACCCCCAUUGGCGGUGGUAACCAGACCGUUCCUACUCCUCCUGCCGUUACUGCUGGCGCUGCUACCUUCGCCGGCUCUGCUUUCUUCGCUGCCGUCGCUGGUCUCGCCGCUUUCAUCCUGGUCUAAAACUAUUCCCCUUUCUCUUAGCAUCUGUUGAAGCCUGCAGGCUAUGGCAACUUAUGAACUCUUUUGUGUUUAAUGGUCUUGCUGGAAUGUACAGUACUCGAGUAGACUUUUGAAUACAUUGCUAUUUUGGCUUACUUCUAUGUACUUAUAUAUAUCUGAUCCGCAGUCUGGGAUAUGCGAUUGGAACUUAUUUGCUAUUGUUUAAUUCUGACAUGAUAUCCC